AUGGGCUGUACAGGUAGAAAGCGCAAGCCCGAACCUUCAACAGAGUCCACUGCUGGUCAUGGGGAUAGCAUCUAUUGGAGACCUAUCGUCGUUGUGGCAAUGAUGCUCUUCAUUGACGGCAUUGGAAACUGCAUGUCUCUUGCUCCGCAGACGCGUUUGUUCGAGGAAAUCGUCUGUCGACAGUACUACAAAGUUGGCGACAACGUCCCCGGCAGCGGACCCUCUGAGGAGAUGUGCAAGGACCCUGCAGUUCAAGACGUCGUGGCGGAGCUGUUUGGUUGGCAGAAGUUCUUUGAUGGGAUUCCUGGCUUGAUAUUAGCUAUGUGGUUCGGAGUGCUUGCAGAUAAGCAAGGCCGGAGACGAGUCUUCCUCCUCAGCGUUGUAGGACAGGUGCUGGGUGCUUGCUGGGUGCUCUUCAUUUGCUGGCUGGAAUGGCCCCUUAAACUUGUGUGGCUGUCUUCAUGCUUUCUUCUCAUUGGAGGUGGAAGUAUAGCUACUGGCGCUGUCGCCAUGAUGAUUAUUACAAAUGCGUCGCCUAAAAAGUACAGGUCGAAUGUCUUUUUCUAUGCCCAGGCUGCUCUGAUUGGCGCGGAGCUGAUCGGGCCAGCGAUUGGUUCCGCCUUGAUGACCUAUAGUCUUUGGCACCCUUUGCUAUUGGGAUUGGAUAAGACUGCAGCACCACUGUCUAGACCUCAGCUAAUCUUGCAGCUUGCCAACCUUCUACUCUCAUUCCGGGCUUUCGCGCAGCUUGUAACCUUCGUCGCCAUUCUGCCUGUGCUGGAUCUUUUCAUUUCCAAGAAACUAGGCUUCUCCGCUCGAGUCAAAGACUUCCUUCUUUCCAGGCUCAGUAUUGUGUUUAUCAUGAUAUGCUUUGCAGUCCUGGUUCUUGCGCCAAGCAUACCUGUGGUUGUCGUCGGCUUGGCGUUCUAUACCCUUGGAAACGGUUUUAGUUCAUUUGCUAGAUCGCUUCUCAGUUCAUUGGUUGAGAAAGACAUGGUCGGGACCUUGUUCACGACACUCUCCAUGAUGGACACCUUGGGCUCCUUACUCGCUGGCCCCAUUGUUGCUAGGACCUUCAGCUGGAGCAUGAGACUUGAUGGAAUCUGGAAAGGUAUGCCUUAUGUCAUGUCUUUCGCCAUGUGUGGUCUCGCGUCCUUGGCGCUUUCCCGGGCGGGCCACGCAGACCUGCCGGAGGAAUACCUUGAAAGUCACGACGAUGAAGAGAGUAGAUCGCUUCUUGGCCAAGACAACUCUUCCCAACAAUCACAGACCUAG